AUGGAGAACCGAGUGUCUCUCGGCUCUAUCCAGAAGGCCGUCUGGGACGGGCGCUUGCCACUAGAGAUUGUUCUAGCUUCAUCAGAGAGCCGAACCUUUGACAAGACGGAUCCUUAUCUUAUCGCAUAUCCGCGCAUCUCAUACCUCCCCUCGCUGCUACCCAAGCUUCGAGCUUUCUUCUCAAAUUUUUUGAUAGAGCCAAAUUCCCAGUCUCAUGAUGGCUGGUUUGAGUUUGAGGGUGUCCCUCUGAAGUGGCACUACCCAAUCGGGCUGUUAUUCGACCUCUAUGCAGGAGCAGACCCAGCCUCGAAGGCCGCCGCCAGAAGUAAUGAGUCUCCCGAGAGCGGGCCAUCGCUACCCUGGCGUCUGAUAUUGCACUUUAGCGACUGGCCGGAUGACCUUGUUCGGCUUGAUGCUGAUGGAAUGGUCAUGAAUGACGCCUUCAUAAAUAGUGUGAAGGAGGCGGAUUUCUUACGAAACGGUACAGCAAAAGGCAUCAUGAGUCUCUCAAAAGAAGACUCGUCUGGUCUUUGGAAUGCAGUUCAAGAACAGGCCAUUCUAACGCGAAGAAACACAGUCGAUCUUUCAUCUUUUCAGCGCAUAUCAAAUGUCCUUCUUCCUCAGCUCUCACAACCAUUCCGCAACGUCCCGAUCAGGAUUUUUCUACCACUCCCAUUAGAUGCCGAGUCUUCUUCCCUUAAAGUGGUACAAUCGCCGCUUCCUCCUUCGAUUCCAGCAUUGAGUAUGCAGUCAAGUCAGAUGUUGAGCUCGCGGAGCGGUUCCACCCUCCAACCUCAAACGGUCGGGACUGUUUUGCACACAUUGCUACCGAAUCUAUUUCCCAGCCGGAGAACCCCUGUCCUUGCGAAGCCCGUAUUACACGGUGCUGUGAUACCCAUGUCUGCUACAAUCGAGGAGCUCGUGAGAAGCUCUGCUUAUGGAGAUGGGUGGGCAUAUCUAGUCGUUCGUAUGAUGGGCUGA